GUUCCUUGGCCUUGAAGCUCUGCUCACCCCAAGGGCUUUUGAGCGAGGGCACGGGCGGGAUGCCCAUCAGCUACAUUCUGAAGGUCAGCUCUGCCAUCUCUACCCUUGACCUACAGAGCGCCGAGUGCGAGAGCGCCUCAGAGAAGGAGAUGCUACUGCAGGCGAUAGAGAGGCUGGCGGGAAGUGUUGCCACGGCAAGCAGUCGCUGUCGGCAACUUCUCCAGGACGGGCUUAGUGUGAUGCAUCAGCGAGGUCAGCAGAUCUUCGUCCAGGCUGUCUCAUGGCUCAAGGACGCCAAGCUGGACGUCCCCAAAGGUACUGUGGACUACACGGAGCAAAGCGCUCUGACUGGUGAUGCAGCCAACACGCCAGAGCCCCUGCCAGAAACCUCCGAGGCACACAGCCGUAACUCCAGCAAGACGUCGAGCCCAGAUAAUGAGGAGUCCGGUCAUCAAGAUCCUGCCCUCGAGGAGCCGGAGGAAGAGCAGAGCCCGGAGCGUGAGGAGCAGGAGGAGCAUGUGCCGGGCACAGAGGAGGAGACAGCUGAGAGCCCUGGUGGCCGCCGCGAGUCCGAGGAGUUGGAG